GUAGUAGCUGUAAAAUAAACCUAGGGAGGUGUGCCCUGAAAACCCCAAAACCAAAUUGCUAUACUGCACAGCAUGAUGUGGAACAGCAGCUGUCUAUAGAACCUCAAAAACCUGAGCAGGAAGAGCUAAAAUCGAUCAGUAAGGACUUUAGCUCUUCUGUAUCUCCCUCAGCCAGUUUCAGAACAGCAGAAAAGCACAGAAAUUCAACAGAUUAUUCUUCAGAUAGUAAAAAGCAGAAAACUGAAGAGAAGGAAAUAGCAGCUCGUUACGACAGUGAUGGUGAAAAGAGUGAUGACAACUUGGUAGUUGAUGUUUCCAAUGAGGAUCCUUCCUCUCCCCGGGGGAGCCCAACACACUCUCCACGAGAGAAUGGCUUGGACAAGACUCGACUGCUGAAGAAAGAUGCACCGAUUAGUCCAGCGUCUAUUGCAUCCUCCAGCAGUACUCCUUCCUCCAAAUCCAAAGAACUUAGCCUUAAUGAGAAAUCUACCACUCCUGUGUCUAAAUCAAAUACCCCAACUCCACGGACUGAUGCCCCAACUCCAGGCAGCAACUCCACUCCCGGACUGAGGCCAGUGCCUGGCAAACCCCCAGGUGUGGACCCUCUAGCUUCAGGUCUAAGGACACCUAUGGCAGUGCCGUGUCCUUACCCUACUCCGUUUGGGAUUGUGCCACAUGCUGGUAUGAAUGGGGAGCUGACCAGCCCUGGAGCUGCAUAUGCCGGUCUACACAAUAUUUCCCCUCAGAUGACUGCGCCAGCAGCAGCAGCAGCAGCUUAUGGGAGAUCUCCAGUAGUUGGUUUUGAUCCACAUCAUCACAUGCGAGUCCCAGGCAUCCCUCCUAAUCUCACAGGCAUCCCAGGAGGAAAACCAGCCUACUCCUUUCACGUUACUGCAGAUGGUCAGAUGCAGCCAGUUCCUUUCCCUCCCGACGCCCUCAUCGGUCCAGGAAUCCCUCGCCACGCCCGUCAGAUCAACACUCUGAACCACGGGGAAGUUGUGUGUGCAGUUACCAUCAGCAACCCCACAAGACACGUCUACACGGGUGGGAAGGGGUGCGUCAAAGUCUGGGACAUCAGCCACCCUGGCAACAAGAGUCCUGUCUCUCAGCUGGACUGCCUGAACAGAGAUAACUACAUCCGUUCCUGCAGAUUGCUCCCUGAUGGCCGCACCCUGAUUGUUGGUGGUGAAGCCAGCACAUUAUCCAUUUGGGACUUGGCAGCUCCAACUCCUCGCAUCAAAGCAGAGCUGACGUCUUCUGCUCCAGCUUGCUAUGCCCUAGCUAUCAGCCCUGAUUCCAAGGUCUGCUUCUCUUGCUGUAGUGAUGGGAACAUUGCAGUGUGGGAUCUGCAUAACCAGACUUUAGUAAGGCAAUUCCAGGGCCACACAGAUGGAGCCAGCUGUAUUGACAUUUCUAAUGACGGCACCAAACUAUGGACGGGAGGCUUGGACAAUACAGUCAGAUCCUGGGAUCUCAGAGAAGGGAGACAGCUACAGCAACAUGACUUCACGUCACAGAUCUUCUCACUGGGCUAUUGUCCAACUGGUGAGUGGCUGGCAGUAGGAAUGGAGAACAGUAAUGUCGAGGUGCUGCAUGUUACUAAGCCGGACAAGUAUCAGCUGCAUCUUCAUGAGAGCUGUGUGUUGUCACUCAAAUUUGCUCACUGUGGCAAAUGGUUUGUAAGCACUGGAAAAGAUAAUCUUCUUAAUGCCUGGAGAACACCUUAUGGAGCCAGUAUAUUCCAGUCCAAAGAAUCGUCAUCUGUUCUUAGCUGUGAUAUCUCUGUGGAUGACAAAUACAUUGUCACUGGCUCUGGGGACAAGAAAGCUACAGUCUAUGAAGUUAUUUAUUAGAGAAAAAUCUGAAUACAGACAGAACUCCUUCUCCUAGCACUUUGCUGUAUAUUUCUUUUUUUCUUUCUAAACUGCAAACUUAAAUGCUCAUCAAAUUGUGGAAUUUAUUUUUACCUUCUUAACUUGCUGUUGAUUUGUGAAUGCUCAUUAAGAACUUGUGAUACCAAAUUGUCAGCUAUCUACUUGGAAGAAGAUGGAAUAAGCAUACUUAACAGUGAACUUGACUCUUUAAUUAUGUAUUAUAGCUGUAAUGUAUUUAUUUUGUUUAUAGAAGGCUUUCUAACAAUGAACUGACUAAAUAAAGCUGCCUGGCCCAGCUUUAGUUUGAAAGGUGCAUUGUAUACUUUGUGUUUUUGCAAAUGGAUAAAUUGGGGAUCUUGGAGAAGGAUGUUCAGGACAUAGUUAAAGCUACACUAAAUAGACUUGUAGUUUCUAUUUAAAAAAAAAAUAAACUUUGUUAUAUUUUUUAGUCCUGUUCUUGGAUGAGACCUCUAAGUGUUACUACAGUAUAAUUAUUUGGUGGGAAGAUGCUGUAUCUUAACUAUUUUAGACAGUCUUGGAAACUUAGGAAAUUGCAAACUGUAGCCAGUGAUCUACAUGCCUGUGAUGAAUGGCAAAUUCAGUUCACAUCUAAAUUAAAUUCACUUUAAAUUAGAAUGUGCUAAUUUAUAUAUUUGCAAUGUUGAUAUAGCAUCUUGUGUACAGAUUUGUUCUCAAUGCUCUUCUGUUGAUAAACAUAAAGCAUUUUGGUGUCAAGCUAGGUUUUUUUAAUAUAAACACCUCUCUUUGUUAUAUUGUAGGGAGUACAAUAAGUUGCCUCAAAGAAUCACCUUUGUUACUUCUGGAAACUUUUGCAAUGUUUCCUUGAAAAUGGGGAUAUGUGUCUUUGGGCAAUUUUUCAAUUACAAGAGAUUAUGAAAAAUAUUUGAUAUGUUCUUUGGAAACUGCACUGAAAUAAGAAUGGAUGCCUACCAAUAUACAAACUACAAAAGCAAUGACCUCGAGGUAGGAUUUACAGGAGUACUCAUUCCAACAUACAAAAAGGAAUGGAUUCUCACUGGGAUAUGGACUUGCUUUGUUCGCCAGCAGUUCAAUCCAAGUGUUGAUUGGAUGUCCCUAAAAUGGACGCAGACUGAGCCAUUGUGCCAGAGACAACGUGUUAUCUUUUUAUGUUGUUGUUGUUGCUGUUAAACUAUGAUCUGUGACUUCUUUUUUUUUUUUUUUUUUUUGAAUGCUUUAAAAAAAAAUCUUUAAGUCUGUGGAUCUGCUGAUGUACAGUGCCUUUGCUGCUAUGGAUCAAAAUCAAAAGACCCGUGUAGAUAAAUCUUAUUGUAUAAGUAGAAAAUUACUUAAUUUCAUACUAGAAAUGGAUUGAUGCUGCAAGUUAAAAUGGACUGUUCAUUGAAGUUCCAAAUGUGGUAGCAAAAAAUGGUGUCUUAAGUGCUUAGUGUUUGAUGUCAUUAACAGUUUCGUAAUACUCUACAUUGUAGAAAGAUUUUGAUACUAAACUGUGUCAUUGUACAUAGUUCUAAUGCAUUGUAUUGACCACCAGUACUUCUAUAAUGGUAGAUUAUUGUUUGUGCAUUCAGACUUUUAAGCAUUAAACAUAAGUAACUUCUAAGAUGCA